AUGGCUCAAAAGCCCAAUGGGUACCAAUUGAAUUGCCAAAGGUCAAGGGUGGCAACUAGCAGAAGCUCGCUUGCGGGGUUGGCGGCGAGAGCAUCCAAUGACGACGAAGGAGGUGUCGAUGAACAGCGAGCAAUGCAGGCAAAUGGGCACCCGGUCAGAUUUCGAAUGCAAAGAGAUGGAGAAUUCGCAGAAUGUGACACAAGGAGUAUGGAAAGCAGGCUGCAAAAGAGCGGGAGAAGCUGUGAAGGUUGA